UAAUAAUUGAUUGUUUGGGCUAGAUAUUGUAAAUCCAUGCUCGCGUUUACAACACAUCUCGCCACUGUUAAUCCGCGUAUGCGCAGUAACCGCCUCUAUUGUCUCCCAGCGGCGGCGGCGGCAGCGGCACAGCGGCACACGCUGAAUCGAUCUCCAGGCAGACGGAGGGAGGACGAGCGGACCACUGGACGUAUACUCUGGACGGGCAUCAUGGCUGGUGUAUUUUGAGUCAGUCUUCUCUGAAUAAGAGAGAGCUUUUGCAUUCAAAGUACUGCGGAUGUGUUGUUGUGCCUGGUGAUUUUGGGCAGGCUGUCCUGUCAGUUGCUUAUAAGCGGAGAACGUGUUGCGUUUUUGCUCGCGCGAACGGCUUUAUUAUUACCCCCUUGUUCCCUAAGGUGAUUAUUGAGACUUUAGGUCCAUGAUUCGACCAGGAAUAUGGGCUGUUGCGUCUGCGAGACACAGCUGUUUUAGUCAGACUUGACAACCGCGGAUUCUAGCGCUUGUUUUGGUCGCUUGUUUGAAGGAGGCUCAAGAAGCGCCGCAGGGCGAUCCGUGACACCCUUUCCGCCACACCCCCACCCAUUUUUAGCGGAUAUUUUUGGAUGGGGGGCAAGCAGAGUACGGCGGGGCGGCCCCGGGGGGCUUUUCCCGGUGUCUCGACGGAUGACAGCGCGGUGCCACCCUCGGCCCACUUCGGGCACUACCGGCCAGGUGGCACGAUGGGACUGCGCAGCCGCUCGGUGAGCUCCGUGGCGGGGAUGGGCAUAGAUCACAGCGCCACGGUGCCCUUCGGGUUUUACACCCCCAGAGGAACAGACUCGGACAGAGCCGGAGGGGGGUCUGGCUCGGAUCCCGCUCAUAACGGGAAUGGAUACCAAGAAACGGGUGGCGGGCACCACACGGACGGUAUGCUUUACCUUGGACCCCGGGCGUCGUUGGCAGACACUUUGCCCCUGCACAUCGCGCCCCGAUGGUUUAGCGCCCAUAGCGGAUUUAAGUGUCCUGUCUGCUCCAAAUCAGUGGCAUCCAAUGAGAUGGAGGUUCACUUCAUCAUGUGUCUGAGCAAGCCCCGCCUCUCCUACAACGGUAAGACACGCCCCCACUGUCCCCACCCACUGUUAUUCCCGCAAACUUCAGAGGUAUCAACUCAGUAUCUUUCCUCUCCACUAUUUUCCUUCUUUUUUGAGUCACUGUAUCAGUUUAUCCUUUCAUUCUCCAUUUCAUUCUUUUCUGUGAAUCCAUUCUGGGGCUGA